CCUUCCCACUUUCACCAUCUACUUCACCCACACCGGGCACUAAUUUAUUAUAUUGUCUCGGGUUCUAUCCGCGGUACUGUCCGGCCGACCCCGCUUCAGUCUAGUCACGGUCUUUAUUGAUCAACAGCAGAUACAGCACGCUCCAGCUUGCCACUCUCCUUCCCGACCUCUUACAGCCACUGGGAAAAAACAACAUGGGCGGUUCGGUCUUCUCAUCCGGGCCAGACCCUUUGCGUACUCCUCGUAUGCCCAAGGACGUCUACUUCGACCGCAAGGAACGUAUCACAAGCAUCCUGCAAGAUCACUUCAAGACAGUCGAGACGCCUAUCGAGGGCCCCGAGAAGGAGGACUUUGGUGACAUUGACAUCGUGCUCCAUGGUAUCAAGUAUCGUAAUCAGUCCAGGGAGGAGAUCAUCGAGCUUCUCGAGUCCUCACUGUCUGCUGUGCGAUCCAAGGUUGUCAACCACGAAGAAAUCUCACUGAGCGUCGCCAUUCCGUGGGAUAUUGACUCCGACUCCGAGUCCACCUCCGACGGCUCCGUCCAGACUGCAAUUUACGAUGGUCCGGCCACGCCUCCUCCGCCUGUCGAUUACAUCCAGGUCGACCUUCGCGUGUGCGAUACUUUCCACCGUCUCGAAUGGGUCCUCUUUAAGCAUACCCACGGUGACGCCUGGAACAUGAUUGGCACGACCAUCCGCCCCUAUGGCCUGACCGUCGAUGAGCAGGCCCUGUGGCUGCGCAUCCCCGAAUACGAACACAUCAACCGUAAGCGAGCCCGCAUCCAGCUAGCGACAGACCCGUGCGAAAUUCUCGAUUUUCUUAACUUGGAUUCCGAUGAGUUCUUCGGUGGUCCGUUCAGAAGCUUCCACGAGCUCUGCGAAUUCGUCGCGCUUUGUCGCAUGUUCUAUGUCCCGCCGCUCGAGCACGCAUCCGACGAGGCUGGACCGCCUGCUGAAGAGCAAGACCGUCGCGAACUCAAGGCUAACGACCGCAAGCGGAUGAAAAUGCGUCCUGGUUUUCGACGCUGGAUCGAGGAGUACAUCCCCGAGUGCCGCAGGGAGGGGAAGUAUGUGCGUCGCAGGACGAACCGGGAGGAGAUCAUGUAUGAAUGUUUUGAUCGGUUCAACGUGGAGAGGAAGUACAACGCGCGGAAGAGGCAGCUCAUGGAGGAGCAGGAAGCGGACUACAUUUGGACGACACUCAUCAAGGGCUCGAUUCCGGCUCCUCCCCCUGACAACACCGACACCAAAGCGCAGCAGUACCGUGGAGCUCUCGUCAAGGCGCUGAAGAAGAUCCUGCUCGAAGAUGACAAGAGCUACGGGGUAGUCGCCCCGAACAUGCGGAACAGCGAGGGCUCCUGGGACAUAGAUAGAGUCAAGGCGUGGAUCGAAGAGGUCAAGGACACGGUGGGCAAGAUAGCGUACGAUCAGCAGUACGCUGCGUACCAGGAGAAGAAGGCUGAUCAGGCAGCAAACAAGGCAAACUAAUCAGAGUUUCGGUUCUCUAACAGAAGAUUCAAAAGGGCACAUGGUGGUCUCUAUGGAAAUGCGCGGUUGGCUCGUUGCGGGACAUGAAAUACAGAGUCUGGAAAUUAUAGUCGAUACCCACCAACUUUGCAAAGUCUUAACGCAA